GGCACUGUCAGAAAAUGGGUUUCUCUGGAAGAAGGGAAGGAUCACCCACAAUGGAAGCAGCUGGUCAUGGUUGACUAUGGUGUUUGGCACAUUUAUUAAGCCAUCUGAAAUCUGUUUGAAUCUGUUUGCAGAUAAUAACAUGAAUGAAAUCUCCACAGAUAUACUCAGAGAAAAGUCUGAUGAAAGUGGUCAGCUCAGGGAUUGUCAUGGAAAUAAACCACUCUGCGUUCGAAAGGAUUAUGUGUGGAGGAAAUACUCACAGCAACAGCUGGAUCACAUAUUUAAAUAAAGGAAAGCAUCUGCAGCAGUUGUUUUAGAGGACCCAGAACGAACUGCUCUCUUUCACAUGGAGCUAAAGAUGGAGACUCAAUAUACAUAAGGGUGGCAAUGAUGGAGAAUUGUGGUGACUGGACGGAGUAGAUUCUUAAUUCUCCAGAUGACAGAAAAACCAUCUUCUAUCAUAAUGGUUUGGUCAGCUUCUGCAAAAAACGAGACUCCGAUAUGCUUCUCCAAAAACAGCCCUCCCUUCAAUUACAACCACACCGUUGCCUCCACCUAUUACUCUGCCGUGUUUACUGGACUGGGCCUCAGCUCCAACCUGUUUGCCUUCGUAGUUCUGGUCAAGGCCUUCCACAGGUCCCAGAGUCCCUCACAUACGUCCUUCCUCAUCUUCUUGUCGAGUUUGGUGGUAACCGACUUCAUGGGACUACUCGUGACAGGAUCGAUUGUUCUCUCUUUUCGCACCACGCACUUCGAUUGGCAUGACCUGGAUCCCCAAUGCCACUUCUGCAACUUCAUGGGCGUGUCCAUGGUCUUCUACGGCUUGUGCCCACUGCUCCUUGGAGCCGCCAUGGCCAUGGAGCGUUUUGCGGGCAUCCACAGGCCCUUUGCCCUCUCCGCUAACAUGUCGAAGAGCAGGGCCCUGUCCACCGUGCUGGCUGUGUGGGUUUUCGCCGGUUGCGUCGGCCUGUUGCCUUUGACAGGGCUAGGCAGCUACCACUUGCAGCAGCCUGGGUCAUGGUGCUUUUUCAACAUCAGCUCCCAGCCACUGGACAUGACCUUCUGCCUGGUAUUCUGCCUGGUUGGGCUGCUGUCGCUCGCCGCGUCCUUCCUGUUGAACACAGUGAGCGUGGUGACCCUGCUGCGGAUAUGCUGUGGCCAGGGAGACAUGCAGCGACAGCGGAACCUGGAGUUGGAGAUGAUGGGGCAGCUUGUCUUGAUCAUGAUCAUCGCCUCUAUCUGCUGGUGCCCUCUGCUGGUGUCUAUUGCACAGACAGUGCUAUCGGGGAAGCAUCUCCAGAUUGUUGACCUGCUGUUGUGGAUUCGCUUUGCCACCUGUAACCAGAUCCUGGACCCCUGGGUCUACAUCCUGUUCCGCUGUUCCAUCUUCAAGUGCAUAUUCCCGGUAGGGAAGGAAAGACCCCGUGGGUCCAUGAGAAGCCUGUACCCAACCUCCAUGGCCUCCCGAAGGAGACGUGCACAGGACUCUGCAGUGGAGGCUGUCCGUGGAGAAGGAGCUCCAUGUUUGGCGGACCAGCCCACUCCUCAAACCUGCUGACUUCUCCUAUCAUAUCCAAACCACCUGGUCGGUUUAUCUGUUUGUUUGUGUUGUAAUUAUUUAUAUUAUUAAUUUGAUGGUGGUUACUGCCAAGCGUGCAAUAAAAUUGAGGUUCUGUAAUUUCAGUUGAAAUAUUUUGUCGUCCAGACAGCCAGGAAUCUGUGACUCACUCGGUCUGUGUAUACCAUCUGCAUUGACUUUCUGUGGAAUAUUUAGCUUAACAUGCCUUGGUCCAGAGGCAUAGCACUGUGCAUCUGAGCCAGUCUAUGUAUGGUCAAGCUAUGCUCCUGUUGCAGAGAUGGUGACUGAUGAAAUGGCUGACUGCAAAGCUGAGGUGGUCUCGCUGAUCAACUUGCUCAUAUGUUCAUAGCAAUGGCGUGGCUAAACUGAGCUGACCAAUUGGUUUUGAAGAUGGAAAAAAUGACUCUUUAUUGCCAAUGAAUUAUAAUGAGCACAACUGCAUUUAAACAAUUUCUUCUUUGCACAAAAUGAGAAUGUUGGGCCCCCAAUUCUGCAUUCUAUUUAUCUAUCAAUAUCUGCCAAAAGGACCAAAUGGAACCCUUUAUUUUUAAUUCAGAGUUUUUAUUGAGGGUUAUAUUGAUAUAUGACAGGAUCUUGUGCUCAGUGAUAUUAACAUUCUGAAUUGUUUUAUUAUUUCAAAUUGAUGAUAAAUGAAUAUUCAUAUUGCUUGUGUUCAUUGGACACUUUCAAACAACAUAGUUAACAAAGUGACAAAGCAAUAGUUAACCUUGUUUUCUGGUGUUUAUAAACAAACACCAUCCUAACACCAUUUCUCUUGCCUCAAGUCUCAUAGUCAAAUGUGCUUCUCUCCUUAAUGCUAAGACCAGCUCCAUACUCAACAUUGGCUGACCAGUUCAAGCUAUGUUUUGGUACUGGUAGCUGGUAUUUCAAGCUGGUCAUAGCUGGGCUUUAGACCAGGGGCUUUACUCCUAUUUGCUGUAGUUGUAUGCUUAUCCCAAGGUGACGUAUCAUUAGAUUAACCUUGACAUACAGUAUUUCAAUUAUGGCUUUAGGUUUCCAGGACGUUUUCGAUCUCGACAAUUUACUUUCUAUAUUCCACCUUUAUGAAGAUUAGCACAUGUGUUUCCGUGUGUUUUUUUCUUUGAGUUGUGACUGGCGAUUGGUUUUCGUGAAGCCAAGACGAUACCAUCCCUAUAUUUUGGCCAUGCAUCUAAAUAGAUGCCGGCUCUCUCUCUGAACUAAACAUACUUGCCACAGCGUGUUUG